CGCGCUUAAGGACAAUGAUUAUAUGUCAUUUUCUUGAAAACUAAGCAUAUCAUUAUUUAAACGUGAUAGCUGACUUGAUAAACAGCAACAACCAAACAAACACAAAGAAAUAGUUGAAUGAAUAUAAUUCAACAAACUGUUUAAACGAAAAAACAGUCCACAAAGGGCUUAAUGGAGGCUGAGAAAGUAACAGGCAUUCAUGGUUGUUGCCCCAAUCCUCUCCUUAUACUUCUUGAGCCUCAAAACCAUCAGCCACUUCCUAAGCCCAAAAGCACAACCGCAGCUUGCCGGCACACCUUUGCAACCACAACAACUUCCUCUUUUUUCCCAAAUACUCAUUUCACUAACCAUGAAUCCCUUCCUUCAUAUCAAGAAUCAUAUGAUCAGUUCCUCAAAGCUUAUCCUAAGUAUUCCGAAUCUCACCAAGUCGACAAGAUUCGGAAUCAAGAAUACUAUCAUCUGUCAGUUUCUAACCAUGUGUGCCUGGAUUACAUUGGCAUUGGUCUCUUCUCUUACUCACAGGUUCAAUCACAGGUUUCUGCGGUUGUCCCGCUGACAUCCUCUUCUUCUUCUCCGUCAUCUCAUGAAUGUAGUGAGUAUCCUUUCUUUGACAUAUCUUGCAAGUCUGUUGAUCUCAAAUCCGAGCUAUUACAUGGCGGUGAUGGAUCACAAUUGGAAUCCUGUAUCAAGAAAAACAUCAUGAAUUUUCUUAACAUGUCUACAAAUGAAUAUUCCAUGGUUUUUACUGCUAAUAGAUCAUCAGCCUUUAAGCUUAUAGCCGAAUCUUACCCUUUCAAAACUAGUAGAAAGCUUCUUACAGUUUAUGAUCAUGAGAGUGAAGCAUUGGAGACUAUGGUCAAUACAUCAGAGAAAAGAGGGGCUAAUAUAAUGUCAGCAGAAUUCAAAUGGCCACGGCUAAGAAUUAACUCCGCGAAACUCAGGAAACUGAUUAUAAGGAAGAAAAAGCAAAAGAAAUCAAGGGGACUAUUUGUGUUCCCCCUUCAGUCAAGAGUGACCGGAGCAAGUUACUCUUAUCAGUGGAUGAGUUUGGCGCAGGAAAAUGGUUGGCAUGUUUUGCUUGAUGCAUGUGCAUUGGGACCAAAGGACAUGAAUAGCUUUGGACUUUCCUUAAUCCAUCCUGACUUCCUUAUUUGCUCUUUCUAUAAGGUUUUUGGUGAAAAUCCUACAGGGUUUGGAUGCCUCCUUGUCAAGAAAUCAGUUGUAUCGAUGUUGGAAGCUUCGGUCAGUACAGGCAUUGUAAGUCUUGUUCCACCAACACAACUCUUAAAUUCACUAGAUUCAUCAGGCAGUGGCACGGAGCUUGAACAAAAAAACAAUUUUGUUACAAAACUGGAUGAGCUGCAUAUAUCUGGCUCUAAUUCAGCUCACAAUUCUGCUAAAUCCACACACAACAAUGAAUCUGGAAAAGAUGCUCCAAAGGAUAAGAGCAAAGAGGAAUUAGAUCAAUCCAUUAGUACACUAGGCGACAACACUAAGCUGGAAGAAAAGAGAAGCAUAGAGAUUCAAUGCAGAUGCUUGGAUCAUGUGGAUUCGCUCGGACUGAUGCAAAUUGGUAACAGAAGAAGGUAUCUAGUCAAUUGGCUUAUUAGUGCACUCCUGAAACUUAAGCAUCCAAAUAGAUUGGAUCAUUUUCCUCUGGUCAAAAUCUAUGGACCAAAGAUAAAAUUUGACAGGGGAACUGCUAUGGCGUUUAAUCUGUUCGACUGGAAAGGAGAAAGGGUGGAACAAAUUCUCAUACAGAAGCUUGCUGAUCGGAACAAUAUUUCUCUCAGCCAUGGGUUUCUGUCACAUUUGUGGUUUCCAGACAAGUAUGAGGAAGAGAAGCAGAGGACUAUAGAAGGAAAAAAGUGUGACGAAAAAGAUGCACAGAACAAAAAAUCUAAAAAAACUGACUUUGGGAUAUCAGUAGUUACCAUUGCCCUUAGCUUUCUGGCCAACUUUGAAGAUGUUUACCGGCUUUGGACAUUCAUAGCUCAGUUUCUUGAUGCAGACUUUGUGGAGAAAGAACGGUGGAGAUACAGCUCUCUGUAUCAGAAAACGAUUGAAGUUUAACAUAGCAGUUUUUUGUCAGCAAUUCUGUUGCUGCAAAAGACUUUCAAGUGUGAUACUUCUUUCUUGUCAAUGUAAAAGGAAACAAAUACUGGAUUUUUGUCCAGAAAAUGUAUGAGAGUCCAAACAUUUGGAUGGAAAGGCACAUUUUUUUUCA